GCGGAAAACAACUGUUUCCAAGUAUUGCUGCACUCUCUUGUCCUAAUCGUCCUAUCACCAUGUAGGCAUCUCUUUCCCCUGCCGGUUAACAACCUUGAAAAAAGAGUUUGUGUUUAAAUUUGGGAUUGAACCGAGUCAGUGUGACAGGAUCACGCCAAAUUAGCACCUCUAACGUCCCGCCUUCUUCAACGACCUCGUAAGAACGGGGAUGCGGGAGACGCCCCCGCUUCUUUAGAGUCCGCCUGUUGAUACAUGUCGCAUGUCGCAUGCCGCAUGCCGCAUGCGCUGCCGCUAUCAACAACCUAAUGCCCCUAGAAGUCGGUUAUAACAAGUAGCCCACUUCUUCAAUACUCCUUUUUUCAUGAUUCUCGACCCCUAAUACUUGGCCUUCUGCUCCCAGUUCUAUUCGUCAUGGCUAUCAUAACGCCAGCUACCAUUUGCAUCUUUCUCGCUAUUGGAACCCUGUAUGUGAUCAAGUGGCGCUUACAGGGGAAGCAUGCUCGACCCCUACCGCCGGGACCCAAGGGAAUUCCACUCCUUGGUAAUGUGAAUGAUAUGCCUAAACCCGGCAUGCUUGAGUGUCAUCACUGGCUACAGCACAAAGAUCUCUAUGGCCCAAUUAGUUCGGUUACUGUGUUGGGCCAGACGUUCGUCAUUAUUAAUGACCCCGAAAUUGCUUUUGAACUCCUGAGAGACCGCUCGGCGAUCCACUCGUCGCGGCCAGGUCAGGUUUUCAGUGGUGAGAUGGUGGGUUGGCGACACGCAACUGCUAUGAGUCCUUACUCGGAGACUUGGAAGAUUCACAGGAAGAACAUCACCAAGAUCGCUAGCACUAAUGUCUCCAUCUCGGUUUUCGAUCGCGUCCAAGAGGUCGAGUCCGUCCAUUUCCUACUCAACCUCUUAGACUCCCCAGACAAAUUGUUCGAUCAUAUUCGAAAGGAGGCUGGCAGUGUAAUCCUUAAGAUUACAUACGGUUAUACGACCGUUGCUCACGGCAAUGAUCCCCUCGUUGAUUUGGCUGGCAAAACCAUGGAGCAGUUCGCUGAAGCUACUGUUCCAGGCAAGUGGAUGGUUGAUCUCCUGCCUUUCUUGAGAUAUCUACCAGACUGGUUCCCGGGAACUGCAUUCAAGGGUACGGCGAGGCAGAUGAAAAUUCAACUGAAGAAGUGUGUCGAGCAACCGUAUCAGUUCGUCAAACAGCAGAUGCGGGAGAAGAAGCAUCCAAAUUCGUUCCUGUCUCAAUGCAUUGACGAUAUCGGCACCGAUCCAGAGAUGGAGUUCGUUCACAAGUGGGCCGCACUCGCCCUCUACCUCGGUGGUGCUGAUACAACCGUCUCUUCUACAAUGACCUUCUUUCUCGCCAUAUCUAUUUUUCCGGAAGUUCAAAAAAAAGCUCAAGAAGAACUUGACCGUGUGAUUGGUAAUAGCCGUCUCCCAGUGAGCGCAGAUCGCGAAUCUCUCCCCUACAUUGAAGCCGUCAUGAAAGAGACUCAUCGCUGGCACCUUGUCUUGCCUAUGGGUCUUCCGCACUCUAGCGUAGAGGAGGAUAUCUGCCGCGGAUAUCGUAUUCCAAAAGGCGCGAUCCUCCUGCCUAAUAACUGGCACUUCACACACGACCCGACAGUUUAUCCUGAGCCUAUGACCUUCCGACCGGAGCGCUAUCUUGAGACGUCCACCCACAAGCCUGAGCCCGAUCCGCGAAAGUUUAUCUUCGGCUAUGGCCGACGUAUCUGUCCAGGUCGAUAUGUAGCAGACAACGCUCUGUUUAUUACGAUUGCGCAGUCCCUCGCUGUUUUUAAUGUCAACAAGUCCGUUGAAAACGGUAAAACCAUAGAGCCGGAGGUCAAAUUCGAGCCUGGGGCUAUCAGUCACCCAAAGCCGUAUCGGUGUUCGAUUACACCAAGAUCUAAGGCGCAUGAGGAGUUGAUCAGGGCAUCGGAGCAGGAUUAUCCGUUCGAAGAAAGCAAUGCGAAGGAGUUGGAAAAUAGCAAGUGGUAGACUGGAGAGAUAACGUCGAAGGUGGGGGGGGGGGGG